AGCUGCAGCCUAAAAAACGCCCAGGGAUGAAUCCGCAACUAAUACGUUUGGGGUGUUUUUCUUCCUGCCCUUGCAUUCUGAGUGUGACGAUGUGAUGAAGAAUGCACAGGUUCGCUGCGGAUCCUUGACAGCGCGGUAUCAUUCUUGCAGCACUUUUCUUGGGUUUGAAAAAAUGUCUUAACACUUGACUCUUAAUUGUUGGGUGCGAUUUUGUUUAAGUUUAAAAAAAAAAAAACAGAAAGACCAAACUAACAACGUUUGCUUGCUUGAUCUAGAUCUGGAUUUAAGUUUGCUGUAACGUGAUACGAAGACUACCGGAAAAUUAGAAGUAGCUUGCUAGCUUGGCUAAUACUGUGGCAAGCCAGUGAGCUGUAUGUACAUUUUCUUAAGCUUUCUCCGCCCUCUAAUUGGAUUGUACUUCGCCAGUCAAAGAUUUCUUCACAGCCCUACUGCUCCCGCUGCUGCUGCGGUCGUGGACCGGGAGAUAAAAUGGGACUCCCCGCUCUGGAGUUCAGCGACUGCUAUUUGGACAGUCCACAGUUCCGGGAGAGGUUGAAAUCGCACGAACUGGAAUUGGAGAAGACUAACAAGUUUAUCAAAGAGCUGAUCAAAGACGGGAAGGCGCUCAUCCAGGCACUGAAAAACCUGUCGACGGCCAAGAGGAAGUUUGCGGAGUCGCUGAACGAAUUCAAGUUUCAGUGCAUCGGGGACGCGGAGACGGACGACGAAAUAUGCAUUGCGAGGUCACUGCAGGAGUUUGCCGGCGUUCUGAGGAACCUGGAGGACGAGAGGACUCGGAUGAUCGAAAAUGCCAGUGAUGUCCUCAUCACGCCGCUGGAGAGGUUCCGGAAGGAGCAGAUCAGCGCUGCGAAGGAGGCCAAAAAGAAAUACGACAAGGAGACGGAGAAGUACUGUGCCGUACUGGAGAAGCACUUAAGCCUGUCCUCUAAGAAGAAGGAGUCCCACCUGCACGAGGCCGACAGUCAGGUGGACCAUGUCAGGCAGCACUUCUACGAGGUCUCCCUGGAGUACGUCUUCAAGGUCCAGGAGGUGCAGGAGCGCAAGAUGUUUGAGUUCGUGGAGCCGCUGCUGGCUUUUCUUCAAGGGCUGUUCACCUACUACCACCAUGGGUAUGAGUUGGCCAAAGACUUCAACCACUUCAAGACAGAUCUCACCAUCAGCAUUCAGAAUACGAGAAACCGCUUUGAGAGCACAAGGUCGGAGGUGGAGUCCCUGAUGAGGAAGAUGAAGGAGAAUCCCCACGAGCAUAAGAGUGUCAGCCCCCACACCAUGGAGGGGUAUCUGUUCGUCCAGGAGAAGCGUUCCUUUGUGUCCACCUGGGUUAAAUACUACUGCACUUACCACCGAGAGCCCAAGAGGGUCACCAUGGUGCUGUUUGACCAGAAGUCUGGGGGCAAAGUGGGAGAAGAAGAAUCAUUCAUCCUCAAGUCCUGCACCAGGCGGAAGACGGACUCCAUUGAGAAGAGGUUCUGUUUUGACGUAGAGGCCGUGGACCGGCCAGGGGUGAUCACCAUGCAGGCUCUGUCCGAGGAGGACCGUAGACUGUGGAUGGAGGCCAUGGAUGGACGAGAGCCGGUAUACAACUCCAACAGAGACAGCCAAAGUGAAGGCAUGGCCCAGCUGGAUGUGGUCGGCUUCAACGUCAUCAAGAAGUUCAUCCAUGCGGUGGAAACCAGAGGUAUCGACGAGCAGGGCCUGUACCGGAUCGUGGGGGUGAACUCCAGAGUGCAGAAGCUGCUGGGCCUGGCCAUGGACCCCAAAACCUGCGCGGAUGUGGAGCUGGACAGCCCAGAGUGGGAGAUAAAGACCAUCACCAGCGCGCUCAAGCACUAUCUCAGAAUGCUGCCUGCACCUCUCAUGACCUAUCAGUUCCAGCGGAGCUUCAUCAAAGCUGCAAAACUGGACAACCCCGAGGCCCGGAUCUUGGAGAUCCACAGCAUUGUCCACCGCCUCCCGGAGAAGAACCGACAGAUGCUGGAGCUGCUGGUGAAACACUUGGCAAACGUGGCCAGUCACCACCAGCAGAACCUGAUGACCGUGGCCAACCUGGGCGUGGUCUUUGGCCCCACCCUGCUGCGCCCGCAGGAGGAGACGGUGGCUGCCAUCAUGGACAUCAAGUUCCAGAACAUUGUCAUCGAGAUCCUCAUCGAGAACCAUGAAAGGAUUUUCAAGGACUCGCCCGUCCCCGGGGGCGGGACGCCAAACUCGCAGCUGAACCUUCCCCGGAGGAGGAGCUCAGAGAACAAGGCGCCCUCCUGCAGUGAGAGGCCCCUCACCUUCUUCCACACGCCCCCGCCCGCGGAGAAAGUGGAGAAGAGGAACAGCGUCGCUCUGAACUCCAGCGCAGACUCCAUCCUGACGCACACCUCGGUCAACUCCAACAGUACACACGGCCGCGCCCACCUCAACAGCCUGACCGGCAGCGAACCGGACCUGGAUGGGGUCCCGACGGGGAAGCAGAGCCGGCCAAAUUCUCUGCUGAACCCGAAGAGCCGCUGCAGCGUCCCAACAAGCCCGGCUUCGCCCAGCCCCACGUCUCCGCGCUCGCCGUCCUGGCCGAUGUUCUCCGCCCCCUCCAGCCCCCAGCCGGCCUCCGCCGCCUCCAGCGACUCCUCCCCCGUAAGCCCCCCUCUCCGGAAGGCACGUGCCCUCUAUGCCUGCAAGGCGGAGCACGAGUCCGAGCUCUCCUUCAUCGCCGGGACCAUCUUCGAGAACGUGCACCCCUCCAGGGAGCCAGGCUGGCUGGAGGGCACCCUGGAUGGCAAGACAGGGCUGAUCCCGGAGAACUAUGUGGAAUUCGUUUAAACCCCCCCGCCUGAGGUCUGAGGUCACGCUUUUUGGACUCCGCGCCCCAAAUCGUCUUAUGGAAAAAGGCUCUGCGAGCCCCCUGGAGGGGCUGCUGUGGAC